UAUUUCUUUCCUGUUUAUUCUUAUUUAAGAGGUGAUUGUGCAAUUUUAUUUAUUCUGUAGUGAGUAAGUGACACAAAUACAAACAAUCAGAAAAUCAAUACUGACGAAACGGACGUACGACGGUACGUGAACGUGGGGAAACAGGUGAAUAACAAGAACGUGAGAUCAGUAUUAUUAGAUGUCAGCAGAACAGGACAGAACUGUACAAAGUGAGAUUUGAAAUGGCGAACAGGUUCCAGUUUGCAAUUGAUCGCGGUGGCACUUUUACUGAUAUCUGGGCUAGAUGUCCCGGAGGUAAAGUGAAGGUGAUGAAGCUGCUGUCUGUUGACCCUAAAAACUAUCCUGAUGCCCCAAGGGAAGGAAUUCGCCGCAUCAUGGAAGAGGUAGGGGGGUGUGUCCUCCCACCAGAAGAACCACUAGACUCUUCCCAAAUUGACUGGAUCAGGAUGGGGACGACUGUGGCUACUAAUGCUUUGUUGGAGAGGAAAGGGGAACCUAUGGCCCUGGCAAUUACCAAGGGUUUUAAAGACCUCCUCCACAUCGGUAACCAGGCACGCCCUAACAUCUUUGAUCUGGAAAUCGUGUCACCAGACCAGCUAUAUGAGGAAGUGAUAGAGGUUGAGGAGAGGGUUGUGUUCCAGCAGGAUAAGUGUGAGAUCAAGAAAGCCUGUACUGUUGUUACUGGUACGACUGGUGAAAAGUUGGAGGUUUGGAACACUGUUGAUUUGACAAGAUUACGACAGGACUUACAGCAACUAUUAGACAGAGGAAUUCGGAGUCUGGCCGUCGUCCUACUUCACUCCUACACAUUUGCAGAUCAUGAAAAUGAAGUUGGACGCGUGGCAAGGGAGAUGGGUUUCCACCAGGUGUCGCUGUCAUCAGAUGUCAUGCCGAUGGUGAGAGUUGUCCCACGAGGUUACACAGCGUGUGCUGAUGCUUAUCUGACACCAUGCAUCAAGAACUAUGUCGCGGGCUUUGCCUCAGGCUUCCAAGGAGGAGUGCAGGGUACCCGUGUGCUGUUCAUGCAGUCUGAUGGAGGACUUACCCCAGUGGAUCAAUUUAACGGAUCGAGAGCGAUUUUGUCUGGUCCGGCUGGUGGAGUUGUAGGGUAUGCCCUCACCACAUAUAAAAAGGAGUCUGACCUGCCUGUCAUUGGUUUUGAUAUGGGAGGGACAUCUACUGAUGUGAGUCGGUAUGCUGGAAGUUAUGAACAUGUGUUUGAAACUACUACUGCUGGAGUGACAAUUCAGGCUCCUCAGCUGGACAUCAACACCGUAGCUGCUGGUGGAGGAUCCAUGCUUUUUUUCCGGGCUGGUCUGUUUGUUGUUGGACCGGAAUCAGCUGGAGCAGACCCUGGCCCAACCUGCUACAUGAAAGGUGGACCACUGACUAUAACAGAUGCAAAUCUCUGUUUGGGGAGAAUCCUGCCAGAAUACUUCCCAAAGAUCUUUGGCAAGACACAAGAUCAGCCCCUAGAUGAAGGUUUGACGCGGAAAUCUUUCCAAAAGUUGACCAGAGAGGUCAAUGAGUUCCUCUUACACCAACAUGGCACAGAGAAGCACCAGCCAAUGACAGAAGAAGAGGUUGCCAUGGGCUUCAUUCGUGUUGCUAAUGAGACCAUGUGUCGACCAAUCAGAGCUCUUACACAGGCCAGAGGCCAUGACACUUCACGACAUGUGCUGGCCUGUUUUGGUGGGGCAGGGGGACAACAUGCCUGCGCUAUAGCCCGAUCCCUGGGGAUGAGACAGGUGUAUGUACACAGGUAUGCUGGUAUCCUGUCUGCCUAUGGUAUGGCUUUGGCUGAUGUGGUACAUGAGGCCCAGGAACCAUGUGCUGGGAAAUAUGACCAAAGUUCGUUUACUCACCUGGACAGUCGCAUUGAAUACCUGAGUGAAGUCUGUUCACAGGAACUACUAAAACAGGGAUUUAACAGCUCACAGGUAGAGACACACCCCUUCCUACACAUGCGGUACGAUCGGACAGACUGCGCUCUGAUGAUUUCCUCAGAGGGCUAUCCUCCUGGACCUGAGACUUGUAAAUAUGGUGAUUUCCGUGCAGCAUUUCAGGAAAGGUAUCAGACAGAAUUUGGUUUCACAAUACCUGACCGACCAAUUCUUGUUGACGACAUAAGGAUACGUGGUGUCGGUAAAUCAUUUGUCAGCUUAGAGGAAUCGACAGCGGAGGUGACAGAACCUCCAAGGGUGGAAAAGGUCACCAGCUGUUAUUUCGAGGAUGGACAUUACAACACGAAUGUCUACCUACUGGAGGAUCUUGGGAAGGGUCAUGUGAUCGAAGGGCCUGCUAUCAUUAUGAAUGGAAACAGUACUAUUUUGGUGGAACCAGCUUGCACUGCAUCAAUAACAGAACAUGGGGAUAUCAAAAUGAAGAUUGGAAGUGGAAAGCUACAGGAAAUAGGUCCAGAACUUGAUGCUAUUCAGCUGUCUAUCUUCUCCAACAGAUUCAUGAGUAUCGCUGAGCAAAUGGGACGGGUACUGCAGAGAACAUCCAUCUCCACUAAUAUCAAGGAGCGACUAGACUUCUCAUGUGCCAUGUUUGGUCCUGAUGGGGGACUGGUAGCCAAUGCCCCACACAUACCUGUACAUCUGGGUGCUAUGCAAGAGACUGUACAGUACCAGCUUCGACAGCUAGGAUCCAGUAUACGUGACGGUGAUGUGAUUCUGUCUAACCACCCCCAGGCCGGGGGAAGUCACCUCCCGGACCUGACUGUGAUCACACCGGUAUUCUAUAAGAAAGUGUCCAAGCCUGUUUUCUUUGUGGCAAGCCGUGGGCAUCAUGCAGACAUAGGAGGGAUAACUCCAGGUUCCAUGCCUCCACACUCCAAGUCUAUCCAUGAGGAGGGAGCAGUGUUCAAAUCCUUCAUGCUGGUUAAAGGAGGAGUGUUCAGGGAGGAAGAGGUGACAGCUGCCCUGAUGGAGCCUAGCAGGUAUCCAGGCAGCAGUGGUACCAGGAAUCUCCAUGACAACCUGAGUGAUCUCAAGGCCCAGGUGGCAGCUAACCAAAAGGGUAUCCGACUCAUCAAUGAACUGAUAGAUGAAUACGGUCUAGAUGUGGUACAGGCCUACAUGGGACAUAUACAGGCCAAUGCUGAGGUAGCUGUACAGGAAAUGUUAUGUGAGAUUGCACGAAAAACCAAAAGGAAGACUGGACAGACAAGACUGACCGCUGAAGAAUUUAUGGAUGACGGGUCAAAGAUUUCUCUAGAUGUAGAGAUAGAUGAAUCUAAGGGGACAGGGCUGGUCGAUUUUAGUGGCACAUCAUUUGAAGUUCACGGCAACUGUAAUGCUCCAAGGGCAGUAACCCUGUCUGCCUUGAUCUACUGUCUGAGAUGCAUGGUUGGUCAUGAUGUACCUUUAAAUCAGGGUUGUCUAAAGCCUGUCAAAGCGAUCAUACCACCCGGAAGUAUUCUUGACCCUUCGGAGGAUGCAGCUGUUGUUGGGGGAAAUGUUCUUACAUCACAAAGAAUCGUGGACGUCCUACUUAAGGCUUUUGGAGUCUGUGCUGCAUCACAGGGCUGUAUGAACAACAUUACAUUUGGGGAUGAGGCGUUUGGACACUACGAGACGGUGGCUGGAGGAGCCGGGGCAGGUGCGACUUGGGAUGGAAGGAGUGGUGUCCACAGUCACAUGACUAACACACGGAUCACAGAUGUGGAGAUUCUGGAGAGAAGGUACCCAGUGAUUGUGAAGCGGUUUCACCUCAAUUCAGGAACUGGAGGUAGAGGGCAGCAUUGUGGUGGGGAUGGUGUUAUACGAGAGUACCUAUUCCGGAAGCAGCUAACCCUUUCUAUACUGACUGAGAGGAGAGUGUUCAGGCCCUAUGGACUGGAUGGUGGUGAACCUGGACACUUGGGGAAGAAUCUGAUGUACUACGCUGAUGGAAGAAUAGUUAACCUUGGUUCUAAGACCUCUGUAGACUGCCAUGCAGGGGACGUCUUCUUACUACAGACACCCGGGGGAGGUGGGUAUGGUCCGCCGGAGGAGGGAGGGGCUAGUGAGGAGGGCAAGAGGAAGAGGAGAAGGAUGGACCCCUAUUCUAGUGUCGUGGGACGGGGAAGUGUCUACGAUUACAAACGGACACAAGAAUCUGCGUAACGUACAUCAGUAAAUCCCACUCGGAGAUUGGUUUGAUCUGGGUGGUGCCUCAGAUUUAGUCGGUUUAUAAUUUCCACAUGCAAUCACAUAUUCAAUCUCCACAUUUUCUGAUAAUGUGUAUCUCAAUAUUGAAACAAUUACGUUAUGGUAUGACAAUGUUAUAUCAACACUUAGUAAAGGGGGUUAUGUAAGAAGCACUUUGUCUAUUCGUACAAAACUUGUGUACAAGAUAUAUCAUAUAAACCCCUGGACAAAGUCACGCUAACAAUCUACACCAUGAAUUCUACACAUGAUUUAGUGGACAUUGGUCAAUAUUAAAGGUCAUAGGUCAUCUAUAAACUAUUUCAAGGUUCUGUACGUCCUCAUAUAGCUAAAUGGACUAACUCCCAGUAAUGAGUUUGAGUUUAUAUGAUUAAUAAUUUAUGUUCGUUUGAGAGAAACGAAUUAGAAUAUAAUAAGUUAUAUUACCAUGUAAUUUACUUUAGUCUUGAUUGUUAACAAUUGAACAAUCAUUUUCAUUGGCUUCAACGUUCAUGUUAUUCGCCUAUGACGUAAAACAAAAUACAUCACAUUUUGUUAGGUCGUUAUUGAUUGGCCAAUACAGCAGCGUGAUGUCUUAGAGAAAAAGAGUAUGCCAUUAAAGGGGAUUUCGACAGGGAUUGUGUAUAGUUUAAAGAAUUAUUAGGAUUAAUUUGAAUUUAUAUUUUAUCCCCUACUUCACCGCUUUCUUUCCGUCUGUCUGCCCGUCUGUCAAGCUUUAUUUCUGUGCAAUAACUGCAACAAAUGUUAACAUUUUCCCUUCAAACUUGUAAACAAGGUUAAAUGCCGUUUAAGUGUUCGGCCAAGUUCGAUUGCCACUAUUGUCUCACUGUAUUUGACUGACUUAUGGUCCCUUGAUUGACUAAAGAUGUCGUUUUCUGCUGUUUCCGUGAAAUAUAACUGGAACAGUUGUAAACAGAUUUUCUUAAACCUGAUAUUAACAAGGUUAAAUGCCUUCUAUACAUCAUAUUAAUACCAUAGAAAAAUCCUCGAUUAAAUCCACGGUGUUUGUGCUGAUUUAUCUACAAUGGUACAAUUGUUUAGGAAUUGUGUGUUUUGGAUUUGUCGUCAUGAAGAAAUGAUUAAUUUGAAAAUGGUGGCAUGGAAACCAGUUAGUAUGUAAAAUUACAGGUAACUAUUUUAUAAACUGAAUAUUUAAUCCAUAACCAUAUCUGUAUAUUAAACAGGGAUAUCACUGGACGUGAGGUCUAUAUGUUAUAUAUUAGAUAUGGUAUUAAACACAUAUUGAUCAUCUCCGUACAAUGAUUAAUGUAAGACGGUGCUAGUUUUAUACCAUGAUUGUGUAAUAGGAAACCGGGUUUAUCUAUGUACUGCAUGUACGAUGUAAUUGGAUAUCAGACAAAUUUAUCUAUCAUACCUUAAUUUUGUAAUCUGACACCAGAUUUGUGGUGAAUAUGCAAUUUGAUUUUAUGGCGAUUAUGUAGUCUAUAUAGUGAAUACAGAAAUAGAAUAAUGUUUAGAUCUACCUGUCAUACCGUGGCGUCCAGCGUCCGUCCGUCCGUCCGUCACCAAUUACCUUGUGAACAAGAUAACUUUUGUAAAUAUCAACCAAGUUUGAUGAAACUCUUGUUGUUGUUGGAUAUCGUCAAGACCACGUACCAGCUCGAAAAUGGAAAUUAUUCAACAGUAACUUACAGAGUUAUUGCCCUUUGUAAUAAAAUUAUUAGACCUUGUGAACACGAAAACUGGAGUAAAUACCAAGUUUGAUGAAACUUUGUAUGUAGAUAUAUAUUGAUAAGAUCUUGGAGGAGUUCGUAAAUGGAAAGUAUUUGAUUGUUACUACAGAGUUACUGCCCUUUGUAAUACUAUUAUUGUUAACAAUAUAUUAAGUUCACCUGGGCCGAAGGGUAAAUCUUCUUAAAACGCUCCUAGUCCUGAACUACUAAAUGGAUUUUGAUGAAUUUUGAUUUGGCAGUGUUGUGUUUUGUUGUAUAAAUAAAAGGAUGUGAUACCCUUAGGGCGGGAGAAAGGGGGCCUUAUAGCGGUGAAAUAGCAAAAGAAAUAAAGAAUGACAGUAUUAAUCCAUCUGCAGUUUGAGCCAUUGUUGGGAGAGGCAGUUCAAAAGUAGGAAAAUAUUUGAAACAUAACUGAAGUAAGAGUAGUUUGCCAUAAUUACUGAAAUAUCUAGUAUCCAGGUGAACGAUGCAGGCCCUCUGGGCCUCUUGUUUGUUCGUUCGUGUUGUUUGUUGUUUUGUUUGUUUAUGUUAUUUAGGAUUUAUACACCAUAUAACAAACAUACAAUGUAACGACUGAACCCUUUAUACAGAUGUAAAACAUAAUCACUAUUUCAAAACUAAAAAAAUAUAUGUAUAAGUUUUUAGGAAUUUUGACGCAUCGUUCGAUGUUUCAUGUAUGAUUCGUAUAUUAUUAAAGUGUAACCGGAAUUA